AACGUCAAGCUUGUGACUGGUCAUCGGUGGACGAAUCGUGUGUCGGGCGCAUUUUCAGUAAUUGUUGAUUGGAGAUCUCCAAAUAUUACACUGAUUAUUGGUUACUGUGUUUUUAUUAACUUUGGAAGCGGUUACUUAUUUUCUAAUAGCGAUUUUCCAAUAAUUUAUUUUGCGGAGACUUUGUAUUUUGUGAAAAACUCGAGGUCGGCGUGUCGUGGUAUUGUGAGACAAGAUGUCCGUGUGUUUCUUUGUACCUGCAGACCAGGCGGGCGCGUCAGGGGUUGCCGAUGAGGUGGACAGCGACAUCAUAGGAGAAGACAGUGCCCCUGUAGAGUCUCCGCAGCAGAGUCUACAGCAGUUCUGGUGUAAGGUCACCGAUGACAUCAAGAAGGUUAAUGCGGAGGACUUCAAAUCCCAAGCAUUGCCUCUAGCCCGUAUAAAGAAGAUAAUGAAAUUGGACGAAGAAGUAAAGAUGAUAUCUGCCGAAGCUCCCGUGCUGUUCGCUAAAGCUGCCGAGAUUUUUAUACACGAACUCACGCUCAGGGCCUGGGCACAUACUGAGGAUAAUAAGAGAAGAACCUUACAGCGCAACGACAUAGCAAUGGCGAUCACGAAGUGUGACCAGUUCGAUUUCCUGAUCGACAUCGUGCCACGCCACGAGGUCAAGCCGAACAAGCCGCGGUACGACCACGCGCCCAGAGCCACGCACACUGAACAGAUGAGCCACCAGCACCAAGCGACGCUGACGCAGAACGCUGCGGCGCCGCAGAUCGUGAUUCAGCCGUGCGCGCAGGUGGUACAGACAUCAGCGGCAGCGUCAACGUCUUCGAACAACGUGGUGUCUCAGCAGCCCGUCACGCUGGUGCAGCAAGUCGUCACGCCGUCCGGGGAGCUACAGCAGCUGCCGAUCCAAUUAACUCAAGCGCAACUGAACAUGAUCCGGCUACAAGUGCAGAACAACCCCAACCAGCCGAUCAUCAUACAGGCGCAGUCGCAGCAGUCGCCACAGAUUAUACAGGUCCAAUCACAAGCGCAGCACCAGCCCCAACAGCAGGUGUUCCUAGCUCAAGUGGCGAGCUCACAGGAAGACUCCUAGUACCACGACACAGGCACUCAGUGCGAAUCCGACUCCGACAGUCAGUGAGAAGACGGAACUAAUGGUAACCGCUAUUGAACGACUACAAAUAUAGGUAUUUGUACCAAUUUGAGGAGAUUUUUUAGGGCUAAAGGGAAGUUUUAUUGGGAAAAGUGGCAGUUUUCUUGAAUUUCUUUUUUGUUACUGACAUCGGGUUUAAAGGAUCUAUAUGUAUAUCAGUCAUUCAGAAAACUUUGAAGCUAUGUAAAGGCACUUUUGUCUAACCGGGCGUCUGCUACUGGCUUCUGACUACCCGUAACAACGAUAGCCGGGACCUAUAGUUUAACGUGCCAUCCGAAACACAUUCAUUGGUCUAAGAUAUACAUACUUAGAAAGUACAUACAAACUUAGAAAAGUUGCAUUGGUUUAAAACUCGGUCUAAAAAUAAUGAUUAAAGUCUAGUGCUAAACUUCCUCUCACAAAAGGUUUAUGUUACUUAAUAGUGGCUUAUGAAGCGUUCAAUGCGGUUACCUGAUGUCCUUUCGCGGUCAAGUGUUCGCCAACACAGUGAUAGACUUUGAUUUUAUACUUACGACAAAACCACAUCUAGAAAUAGUAAUGAACAUUUCCAAAACUUUUUCUUGUGUUAGUCCACAUUAUAAAGGACACUGGGUAGAUUUGUAUGAAGAUUGGCCCAACCCUUGUAGCUAUUCUAAGUAAUAAUAAAAUCGUAACAGUGACUUGUUUGGAGAAACCGAAGGGUUUGUAUGUGCAAUUAUGGACGAAGUUAUCCUUACGAAUAACUACCGGAGAUAUAUCGUGAAAGACGGGACGGUUGACAUAUGUCGGGCAUGUCACCAUCCGGGUGAGUCUAUCAGACAUAUUAUAUCUGGGGCCCGAUUCUCCUAAUUUUACUUAAGCGCCAUUCGAUUGACGUUCGACUCGAUUCGACUGAGAUCCAAUCCCGACUCGAUUACGAUUGAAGCGUAUGUGGCAUUCCGCUAUUUUUUCUUUGAAAUAAACGUUUUUAUCCUUUUCUGUCAUUCAAUAAUGAAUCAUUUUGUCUGCAAAUGAUUUACGAUUGCAAAAUGAUUGUACAGCAAACUACCGUAUAGACCAAAAUCAUCAAAAUAGCAGACCAAUCGCACACCAAUCAAAUGUCAAUCGAAUACGAUUGGUCUUUUAUUAUUAGCAGAAUGCCCGAUAUGGUUAAAACUGCUAUUACGAUCAUAUUGCGAUUCGAUUUCUAUUCGAUUUUGACAUUAUUAACUUAGGAGAAUCGGGGCCCUGGUUGUUCUCGUUUGGCUAAUGGUGAAUAUUUGCACAGACAUAACCAAGUGGCCAAGAUUAUCCACCAGCAGCUUGCUCUGCAAUACAACCUUGUAGACCUUGAGGUACCGUACUACAAGUAUGCGCCCGACCCAGUUCUCGAAAAGGACCAUAUCACGUUGUACUGGGAUCGAUCUAUCAUCACUGACAGGACUAUUGUAGCCAAUAAGCCUGAUAUUGUGGUGAUAGAUCGAUUAGCGCGCCGCGCGAUGAUAGUCGAUGUCGCCGUUCCGCAUGACGAGAACCUCGUGAAAGCUGAGAAAGAGAAACAAAUAAAGUAUCUCGACUUAGCGCACGAGGUUGUCGCCAUGUGGAGUGUCGACACGGCUGUUGUUGUGCCGAUUGUCGUUACGGCCAAUGGUUUAAUAGCCAAGAGCCUCGACGAACACCUCAGGAGGCUCUCGUUGGGCGGCUGGAUCAAGGGACUGAUUCAGAAGGCAGUACUCCUUGAUACGGCGCGUAUUGUGAGGAGGUUUCUGUCUCUGGGACCCUAACCACCGGUACCUUGGACCCUGUGCCCGAUAUCGGUGGCAACCUAUUUUUGAAAAUAAAUAUAUGUUUGAAAAUAAAUAAAUGACUAGAAAACAUCGUAAAAUGAAUACUUUUGAAAAUUCCAGUCCUACAUUACGUGAGCCAUUUUACCCAUUGUCCUUUAAUUUUAAAUCAUCACAUUGAGUUGGUUUUUAUUUUUGUUGAUUAUUACAUUUCUGUGCACAUUUAAAACUAUGCAAUUUAUUGUAUAAUACCUACCACUUACUACUUAUUUUAAAUACAUAAUCAUAGAAAGUCGGUAAAAUAGUUUGAAACAAGCAAAAUUUCAUCAUGUUUUUUAAGAAUAAUUAAUAAUAGUUGGUUGUUAUUUAGGUGUAUAUUUACAUAAGUUAUUAAAUAAAACAUUAAAUUUAAUAA